AUGCAGUGGAAUACCGAGCCUUUUGUGGCUGUGUACGAAGCAAUCCAGGAGCCCGGUUUGUCAGUGGACGAAGCUGUACGUCUGACUGCUGAUAUGACUGAGGAUCUGUCCAAGCUUUUCGCUGCACCGGCGAAAUCGGAAACCAGCCGCCAAACACUGGGUAAACAGGUGGUUGAAUUCGACGGAAUCGAGUAUCGUUUGAGCGAGGACUUUGUCAAUUCUGCAGCGCAGGUGUCUGAUGAACUUAAUAUCGAUGAAUUGGUCGCAGCAAAACUCGUCCAUUAUACAUACGAGGAGUCCCAGCGUCGGGGUAUUUCACCAGUCGAUGCAGCUCUUGCGGGCUUUUACACCCGUCGACAGUAUAUUAUCGCUAUUCUCACACUUCUUGUGGAAAAUUUCGGCAAAGAUCAGGCCCUGAAACCAGUGUUAGGUAGCUCCCCGUUCACAGCAGCCUCCGAUGCUUUGCAAGCCGUUGAAGCGCGUCUUGUCGAUCUUGACGAGAAAACUAAGCGCGGCGAGUUCAUGGGACUUGAUAUGAAUCUUAAAUUCGUCCAAACACUCCGGGUCCAGCGUGAUUUUCUUGUCCAGGAACACCAGGAGCUCGGCGUUUUGGGUAACCGGCUAAUCAAAGCAAACCACGCUACCCCUGACGAAAUUAUUCGACUCUUGAGUCACAUGGCUACAUUUACAACCUACUCGACCAGAAUGCUAGCAUAUGUUUCUAUUAUUACCACGUUUUUUGCUGGCUUGGACCCUUAUAUUGAGCCAAGUGGUUUGGCGAGCCCAGUUUCAGACUCAGACGCCGGUCGUAUUUUUGUUUCUUUGACUGGAGACGCCGCUAAACAUACUUGGAAACUCAAAUGGUGGCACGGUGCUGUUCAACUGGUCUUUACUGCCUUUUAUGCCGGUUUCAUCACAACUAGCGACCGCAGUAAACACACGUAUGCCGAGAUCCUAGUAGCUGUUCGCUCAGCAGUUAACCUUGGCGGUUUCGAAACCUUGAUGGCUCUUGCUAGUGAUAUCAAUUCAGUGCCAAACCUCAGCAGUGCCACAGGAAAUGAUUUUACCCCCGUGGUUAGAACCCGUGUGCCUUCAAUGGUCCUAUGGUCACCUACAGUGCUUCCCGAGCUCAUUGAUAUUCUUUUCCCGGCGCUACAACUACUUAUUGAGGCUUUAACUGCUAAUUUGGCCGAUAUCUUGAAAGAAAUGCGUCUCAAUGAAGAAGACAUGUAUUUGGCUUUAGCCACUGCGGGUACAGCCCCUCCCGACCAGGCAUUCGCGCCCUCACAACAGCUACUGCAUGUUUUGCCCGAAGGUCGUCUUCAAAUGCGCCAUAAGGAGUCGGGUGAGGCUAGCAAGACGCCACACCCUUCAAAAGAUUCAGCUCCUCAUUCAGGCCCUGGCCGUGAUCUGGAGAGAUUCUUCUUGUUUGUUGCGUACACAUACCGGAAUAGGCCUGAUGCAGGCUUGAAGUUUUGGAAUGACAAACAAAAUUCUCUCUAUGGGUUUUUGGUUUGGGCUUCUCAGUGCCAAGUUGCGUUUAUGGCGGCAACUUUUGCUGAACUGUUGACGGCUGUUUCUGCUGGGCCUCAGGCAGCUGCCCACUGCCAUGCAUUCUUGCAACAGCCAAUAAAGUCAGGCAAAAAUGUCUUUGUAUUACGAUGGCAAAGUCUCCAUGACUUACUGGGCCAUUAUGCCCUUGAGAUAGACCCAAAUGCUAAGCGGGACGAGCCGGAACCUGCACCAGAGACGAAGUCGUUCGAUAUGGCUACGCAGGGCAUCGGCUCUGCCGACGCUGUAGAGUCUAAACGCGUAAAGGAGCCGUCGAAUGAGACGCUCCGUCCUCUCGAUGAGGAUACAAUGAUGGUUGCUUUAGCCUAUUUGGGACUUGUCCGCCAGGUGGUUUCUGAUAACUCAGAAGCAUCAGUUGCUCUCUCUACCCCACCACAUGAUUUAAUUGACCAGAUCUUCAAGCUACUUUGUUUCCAGACCCCAAUGGUUGCAUCACUGCUAGCUGCACUGGCUGCGUUCGCUCAACACACUGACCCACACCGACUGUGGAUGGGUCUCGAUGACUGGGCGUUUGCAGCGACUAUCCAUGUUCCGGGCAGUUUGUUGAGACCACUACCUACCCUGCCGCCGCGGCUCGAUAGUCUGCUUCGAUCCGUACCAGAAGUCCAAGCCUUUACUGCUUUGCUGCGCGAGCUUGUUUCCAAGAAGGACACCAAAUUUAGCCCUCGCCUUGAUGAUUAUAUUCAGUUUGUGCUUGGUGAGGUUUUAGCCACUACCGGAAGCGAUAAAAUUGACAAGAACGACAGGGUUAUUCUCCUCGAAGCAUCUUUGUCUCUCGCUCACGAGUUGGGUGCUCCUGCGCAUCGUCUUCUCAGCACCCCUCCGGUAUAUGCAUCUAUAUUCAAACUGCUGUUUACGGGUCUUGAGGAUAUAGCUGAUUUGAGCAGCAGCCACUUGCUCGUACGUGCUAUCGUUACAGCGAUGCGUGUGGUUAUUGAUAUGCUAAGUGCAAACAUUGUUGAUCCCAUGCUAUUCAACCUGCAGGUAACACCAAACCUAGCGUUGUAUAUGGGUAGCUUGCAUACCGAAAUCGCUAGAGUUAGUGUCCAACUGUUUUCGCUGCUGAAAAACACUCCUGAGUUUAUGGCUGGGGGAGGCAGAUCUGACAGGGUUCUCAGCAUUUUACAGUCGGCCUCAGAUUCGGAUCGUAUCAGAUACGGACUUAUGGAACAACUGCAGCGUGAGGAUACAGAAUUCGAUGUGAAACUAAGUAUUUUGGAUCUAUUGGCCAGCUAUUUGGUUACAGAGUCAGACUCCAAGGGCACAGUUGCCCACCAGCUACUGGGUUUCCGUGUUCAUGCACUGGGGCACUUAGCGUUAGAUACCGCACCGGGAGGUAUCGCUUCUGGUGCUUCGCUUCUAGACACUAUUGGAGCACUUCUUGGCAGUGCAGUAUCAGAUAUGUCUGGAUGGGUUGAGGAAUCUUGCGCUGCAAUCGCUGCGCGAACAUCUGGGAUUGUAGCUCAUUUGUGCCGUGACCCUCUAUCAUCCAAGAUUGUUCUUGAACAUUUACGUGAAUCAGAGUUCCUGUUGACCUUACUUGACUUGGAACCCACUCUGAGUCUUGACUGGAGUCUCUCGCAGCAGGCCCGCAGAGAUUUCUUUGUUCACCGGGCAAAUCUACUUGACAUGCUCGCGCAUGAAGUUCAUCAUGUUGGCCAAGACAAAAUGCUUUCGCUGCUUUCUCGAUAUCAGCAAACUCUCAUGGAUUUAGAAAACCCAGGUAAAUCGGCCCUACGGCUGCUUGACUUUAUGAAGUUUGCCAACGACGACGCAGCAAGUGCCCAGCUCCAGUGCUUGCGUUCUUGGUGCCAGCUUGUUCCUGUUCUCGUGAACACACCAGGGGACCAUUUGACUUUUGUGCUUGAAACUAUUCAAACCCUGGUCCCCAAGCUCGCAGAGUACGGCCGAACAGAUCCAGAAUUCUGUCGACCGUUGGCGUCUCUGUUGGUUCUUUUGCUUGAACAAUACCAAUCCGCUACUGGGAAGGAGCAGGUCUCAUUUGACAGAAUGCAUCCUUUGUUCCAAGCGGCCUUGCUGGCGAUUCAGACAUCUGUCUCCACCCCAGAUCUUCGAGCUGAUCUCUACGUUAUCUGCUAUCAGAUAAUCAAAAUGAUUUUAAUCAACGGAGACCAAGCUGCAUUUGAGCACAAGCUCCGUCUGGUGAUUACAGCGGGUGCACGACUUGUUCAAGUGGUGGCUAACGACGCCCUCGGGUUUGAUGAGCGGCUUCGUCUUGUGGCUUUAAUCUUCUUGUACGAUCUCGCAGCGUUGGCUCGGCGAGCUAACUCACCAUUUAUUGAGCAAGCGCUUGUGCGAUACAACAUUGUAAACCUCCUGAUUCAAGCUAUCCCUUCGCUUGAUACUGGGAUUGCUCGCACAUCACCUACCGCAGCCUCAGAUCGAAGUGCCCUGAAAGUUACCCUGGCUCUUCUAUUACAAUUAGCACAAACCCGCUACAGUGCCGACUUUAUUUUGGGAGGUGGUCUUUUAGACGUUCUCGACCAAAGCUUGCUAUUAAAGCCCUCUGCAUCAGGCCAACAACAGCCUCACAGCGAUAUUCUCUUGGUUCUAUUUCAGUUGGUUGCUGCUGUGAUUGUGGCAAUGGGGGCAGACAAUAAGGAUGUUAUCCAGCAGGCAAGACAGAUGCUGGAGCGUCAUCAGCACCUACUCCUUGUAGUUUUACGCACUGACGCAGAAGCCCACGGCCUAGGCAACCUCGCGGGACUGGCUGAUGUUGUUGUUUUAUUGAUCUCCCUUACAGGGUUUGUUCCAAAUAGAAUGCCGUUGGCGACUGUUUAA